UAACACUGCGGAACUCAGUUGUUCUUUUAUCUCACGUUAGACGAAACUGGUGGGGCAAAAUAAAGAGUUAAGGAAUUAACCCCACCGCCUGUUUAUGCGCCUUUAAAGGAGAAUAUAGGCAGUCUUGCUUGGUCUUCGUCAAAGAACACAAACCUCAACUGAAUAUGUUAUCCUUAGGAGUGCAAAUCUCCUUAUCACUUCUGGGGCUCAUCAUCUAUCUUGGAUACAAAUUGGCCACAAGAAAUUUCGACUACUGGCAGAAGCAAGGUGUCAAAUUUUUGAAGCCGGUGCCAAUUUUAGGAUCAAUUUCGUCCCUCUUCAUGCUCAGAGAACACCCCUGUCAAUUUGCGCAACGCGUGUAUCGUGAAAAUGAGGGCCAGCCUUUCGUCGGAUAUUUCCAGGGAACGACGCAAACCCUGAUGGCCAUCGACCCUGAGUUCAUAAAGCAAAUUUUCGUCAAGGACUUCUCUCAUUUCGUUGAUCACGGAUUCAAAAUCAGUGAGGAGGGUGAUCCAUUACAAGCGUUGAAUCUGUUUAAUUUGGAAGGACAAAGGUGGAAAGACAUGCGAACGAAACUUGUUCCAACUUUCACAUCGGGAAAAAUAAAGGCUAUGUUUCCUCUGAUGCAGGAGUGCAAUGAUCAGUUUGAUAAAUACUUGGAUAAAUUGGCUGAAAGCAAAGAAAUUUUUGAAGCCAAAGACGUCCUAGGUCGACUUUUUACCGACAUUAUCGGCUCGUGCAUUUUUGGAAUAAAAUGUAACACGAUCGAAAAUCCAGAUAAUCAGUUCCGGAAAAUGGGAAAAAGAUUGAUUGAUGUGAAUAUUUUCCAGGCCAUAAAAUUAGUGUUCAUCAUAUUUUUGCCCGAGAUUGCUUUGAAACUCAAACUUGGAGUUUUGGAGAAUGACGUGUCCGAAUUUUUCCUAAAACUAACCAAGGACAUGGUCGAGAAACGAAAGAAAGAGGGCAUCGUGAGACGAGACUUUUUACAACUGCUGAUGGAGUUAAAGGACAAGGGAAGCGUCGCAAUUGACGCGGACGACGAGGAUCAACAUUUAAAUGAAGAAACUGCGGACCACAAAACCACAUCAAACAUUCCAUUCAAAUUUGAUGAUAUUGACUUGGCCGCCCAGUCUACCGUUUUCUUCCUGGCUGGUUUCGAAACGUCAUCCACCGUAAUUUGCUUCACACUGCUUGAAUUGGCAAUGAACCCAGACGUGCAAAGGAAAGCGCAAAUUGAAGUUGACGAAUGUCUCGCCCAGAAUAACGGGAAGAUUUCAUAUGAUACGCUUAAAGACAUGAAAUACUUGGACUGGGUACUCAAAGAAUCAAUGAGGAAGUACCCGCCUGUCGCAUUGCACAGCCGGUUGUGCACAAAAAAGUACGUCAUUCCCGAAACGAAUGUUGUCUUGGAAAAAGGAACCAUAAUUGGCAUUCCAAAUCAUGCUCUCCAAAACGACCCGAAGUAUUUCCCGGACCCUGACAGAUUCGACCCUGAGAGGUUCAGCGACGAGGAUCUCCUGCGCAAAUACCAGUACAUUUACACACCCUUUGGAGAGGGUCCCAGGCAAUGCAUUGGUAAUCGAUUCGCGUCAAUCCAAUCAAAACUUGCACUCUUCACUUUCCUUCGCAAGUACACGGUUGUUGCUUGCCCCAAGACCGUUUAUCCUGUUAAUUUUGACGCAAAACAGUUCAUCUUGACUUCAAAAGAGGGAAUCUGGUUGAGAAUGGAAAAACGCCAGUGAACUUAAAAUAAAGAUGAAAAAUAUUAAAAAUUUCAAAAAAUUCAAUAAUAAGACUGCAAAUUUGAUAAAUUUAAUUACUCAAAAUUGCUUAAAUUUUAUUUUAAAUUUAUAAAAAUAGAUAUUUUUCAGUUUUUUAAAUGUAGAAUUUUUAAAGUAAUUGUGCCUAAUAAGAAAGAUUUGAC